AUUUGGGUCACUCUGUGACCCAAAAAAUAGAGAAACGUUAGAAUCAUUAGAUCGUUAGGACCGUUACGCUGAGUUCAGUGUCUAAAUAAAUUUCAUUAAAGCGCAAAUCUUGUUAAAGUAGUCAAUCUAUUAUAAAUACUUAGUUUUAAAUAUAAUUAGUUUAAAAAAAAAUUAUUGUUCGAGUUAAUCUUUAUUGUUAUGUAUUUCUUCAUUUAAACGUCGAAUUGUUUGAAGUUGCAACACGAGCAGAGUGCUUCAGCAUUUCACGGGCUGCAACCGUGCCAAAUUCCCCAACUGUUGGGAAAGCCACGCAACACUAUCAAAGAAUCUUCUGAUUUCACUUUGUGGUAGACUAAAACGAAUUAUAAAGUUGGCAAUAUGAUAUAAACCUAAGUGACUAAUCCCAGAACUGUUAUUAUUGUCUUACCGACACAGUCCUGAGUCCUUGUGCCCUGGUAUGAGAAUAUAUACGUAGUAUAAUUUGAGUUUAGAAAGAGAAGUGUUUUGUAUCUAAUACGUUAGUGAAUGUCAAAAUGACAUCUGUGGAUUCAGGAAUCGAAACAAGUAACAAUUCAGACGAUAGUUCGAUCGCUCAAAGUGAAGAUAUGACAAUGGAAGAAAUUAGUAAUGCCAGUUCAGCUCCUACAAUAAUAACUUGUAAUAAUAAUUACAAUGAAAUACAAGAAAUUAAACCCGGCAUUGUUCACACUAUAUUUAAACCAAAUUCGUCUGUUUGCUUAUCAAAUAUGCACGAUGGUGUUCAAAAUUAUACACCAGCAAGUAGUUCAAGACCAUAUAUUGGUGUAUCCCCUAAUGUUUUAGAGGUUAAGUUCCCCUUCAAGUGUAAUUCUGUUGGUUCAUCAACAGCUAGAACAUUUUUAGUAAACCAACAUGUUUAUUGUAGCAAAAUAAAGUUGACUAAAGAAAAACGCAGAAACCGUCACUUUGUUUCUCUGGUUGAUGAUUACACUCGUCUUGUUCAACAUAGAAUGAGAAUUGCAGCAGCUACAAACAACACCAUGGUGAUGAAAAUUCUUUUAGAUUCUAAUGUUUCACCUAACAGUGGUGAUAAACAAGGACGAACUCCUCUUCAUCUUGCCUCUUGCAGGGGUUAUACAGACAUGGUUCGUUUGUUAUUGGAAUAUGGUGCAGAUCCUAAUCUUCGUGAUUCUGUAGGUAAUACACCAUUACAUUUAGCAGCCGUGACAAGCAAAAUAUCUGUAGUUACACUCCUUUUAAAUGCCGGAACGGAUCCCUUAUGCUUAGAUCAAUAUGGUUAUAAUCCAUUACACUUAGCACAAACAAAAUUAAAGUUAUUGCAAAACUGUAAAGGGAAGGAUAUGAUGAAGAUCAAAGAUGAAGUGCAAAGCAUAAUUAGUAUGUUGUUGGCAUAUUUACAAAAGUAUAAAGAUACUCACGAAAGUAUGGAAACCUUGAGUAGUUUGUGUUCACGUUUAUCUUUAUCAAACACGUCAAAUCAAGUUCAGGAUGAUGUGAAAGAUUUAUUGGCUAAUUUAAAUGCUCUAUCUAUAACAAAGUAAUCACUUAUUCACUUUACCAAACUAAUAGUUUUAUAAAUAAAUUGAUGUAAAACAAAAAAGUAAUUAACAGUAUGCGUUAAAUUUAGUUUGCUCGUAAUGGGUUCAUUUUAAUCAAUUAAUUUACACACUGAAAUUUUUUUUUAAUUUAUAUAAGUGCGCAAUAUAACGGUAAAGUUUUGAUAUACAGUAGAACAGAGUAGAGCUAUAAUUUGGAAAGUUGUGCGAAUGUUAAUAAAGUAAGGUAUUCGACUUUGACUCAUUGACGAUAAAAAGAAAUAUUUACAUUUUCUUAAAGUCAAACUAUAUUUCGCUCGCUUAUUAUACUGACUUGAUUCUGUAUGUUUCUAUUGGCUACAAAACAAAUCAAGUUUCGAUAAUUAGCUAAUAGGUAUUUUAUGAAACGCAUUUUAUAAAUUUCAUUUUGGCCUCGGAGUGUUAUACUUUUGUGUGCUAUAUUUUCAUGUUUUUUUAAAUUACUAUUGUUUUGGAUUUAUUGUAUUUACAAAACUUAAUGCAGAUUCCAUACAGUACAAAAAAAUAAAUCGUAGGAUAUCACAUCAUUAAAUCAAGUAUGUAUUUGAUACAAACCAUAAUCCUCAUAAAUUUCAUAAUCCUCAUAAAUUUCAUAAUCCUCAUAAAUUUCAUAUUCAUCAUAAAUUUCAAUUCAUUAUUAUAUAUUAUAUAUUAACUAUACACUAAUAUGAAAGUUUGUAUUUUCCUUUUCUUCACUCAACUAGUUGGUUUAAAUAAUAAUCGCUAAAUAACCAUAGGAUUAUUAAUUUAAGAAAUUAUUAUAAUUUGAUUUUGAUAAGUUGUUAUGCAUAUAAUGUGCAAAUAGUUUUUCUUCAAGACGAUUAAAAAAUGUUGUGCUACAUAAACUUUUUUAAGUUUAUAAAGCUGCAAAUAGAGUGCAAAAAUAAAAGCUGCAAUUUAUACAAUUUAUAUAGAUAUUGAUAGAGUAAGAUUGCUCAUGUAAAUUUAUCUCUAUAAAUUUUGAAAAAAGGAUUUUGCUUUAUUUUUUAUAUAUUUAUUUUACAUAAUAUACAUAUUUACAUGUAUAUUAUUUUGUUUUUCAAUAAUUUCUUUUUAUAUUAAUAUUUUCUAUACAUAUCUUCUGAGUUAUUAAAUAUCUUAUUGAUAUUGAACUUUAUGUCCCCCUUUUUAGGUUUUCAAACAAUACAAAACAAUAAAGAUAUAAAAGUAGGCUGCAAGAUAUAUUGUAGCAUAUACAUACUUCGUACUUUCAUUACUAUUUUAGGAUGUAUGACAUUUUUUAAAUUUUAAAUAAAUACAUAAGCUAACAAAUAAAGUAUAGUUGUAAACAUAUAUCCUCAUUCAUUCUCAUAAAAAAUUUCAAAUAGAAAGAAUCUUAAAGUGCAUUCCUAAUAAACGUCUUCAAAAUAUUUCGAUUCUUAUAUGAAAUAUUAUGUGCUACAACAGUAUCAAUUUUGUUAAAUAUUGUAGUUGUCGCAUUGUUGUAUAUAUUCUUUCACUCUGUUUGCAGCCUCAA